UCCCCCCCCCCUCCCCAACAGCCCCCAACUACAGCCUGCGCCGCCGCCGCCGCCUCAAAAUUCAAUAAAAUGAGCUCUUAUUUCGUCAACUCACUGUUCUCCAAAUACAAAACCGGGGAGUCCCUGCGCCCCAAUUAUUAUGACUGCGGCUUCGCCCAGGACCUGGGCGGCCGACCCACCGUGGUGUACGGUCCCAGCAGCGGCGGCAGCUUCCAGCACCCGUCGCAAAUCCAGGAGUUCUACCACGGGCCAUCGUCGCUGUCCACGGCUCCCUACCAGCAGAACCCGUGUGCCGUGGCGUGCCACGGGGACCCCGGCAACUUCUACGGCUACGACCCGCUGCAGCGCCAGAGCCUGUUCGGUGCGCAGGAUCCAGACCUGGUGCAGUACGCAGACUGCAAGCUCGCGGCCGCCAGCGGCCUGGGCGAGGAGGCCGAGGGGUCUGAGCAGAGCCCGUCGCCCACACAGCUCUUUCCCUGGAUGCGCCCUCAAGCAGCCGCCGGACGCAGGCGAGGCCGCCAGACCUACAGCCGCUACCAGACCCUGGAGCUGGAGAAGGAGUUCCUAUUUAAUCCCUAUCUGACUCGCAAGCGGAGGAUCGAGGUAUCGCACGCGCUGGGACUAACAGAGAGACAGGUCAAAAUCUGGUUCCAGAACCGGAGGAUGAAGUGGAAAAAAGAGAAUAACAAAGACAAGUUCCCCAGCAGUAAGUGCGAGCAGGAGGAGCUGGAGAAAGAGAAGCUGGAGCGGGCGCCAGAGACCGCCGGCGAGCAGGGCGAUGCGCAGCAGAAGGCCGACAAGAAGUAGGCUCCAGCUUGGGACUGCUUGGGCCGGGGCUUGCCCGCACGUCCGCCGGUCCCUCCCGCGACCACACCGCCGCCGCCGCCGCCGCCGCCGCCGCCCGCUCCCCCGCCUCCGAGUGCUCCGGCCCCGGCCCGCGAGCGGAGCCAGGAGCUGGGCCUCCACCGCAGCGUCCCCCGCCGCGCCAGUCCCCGCUAGUGGUAGUAUCUCGUAAUAGCUUCUGUGUGUGAGCUACCGUGGAUCUCCUUCCCUUCUCUUGGGGGCCAGGGGGGGGGACGACAAAAAAAAAGGAUUUUAAACAAGGACUCCCUCGCCUUGCGAGGGUGAGCGACUGCUGCCUGCCAGAGCCCCCCUCGCCCCCACCCCAUGUAAAAAAUCCUCCUUGUGCAAUGGUCUUUUUUUUCCUUUGAACGUGAUUCUUUGUAAUGACCAAGGUACCGAUUUCUGCGAAGUUCUCCCAACAACAUGAAACUGCCUAUUCACGCCGUAAUUCUUUCUGUCUCCCUCUCACUUUCUCUCUCUCCUCUCUCUUUCUCUCUCUCUCUUCCACCGCGUCCUCAUCUUUCCUCGCAACCCCGCUCCCCGCUGCCCUCCCUGGCUCGCUGGCUUUCUCUCUUGCUUCUCUCUUUUUCCUCCUGUCCCCCCCCCUUCCUUUGGUUUGACAAUUUUGUCUUAAGUGUUUCUCAAAAGAGAUUACUUUAGUUAGCAUGCGCGCUGUGAGCAAUUGUUAAAAGUGUUCUUAGGUUUGCUGUGAAGAGAAUGUAUCCUGUAUCCGUGAAUUGCUUUAUUGGGGGGAGGGAGGGCUAAUUAUAUAUUUUGUUGUUCCUCUAUACUUUGUUCUGUUGUCUGCGCCUGAAAAGGGCGGAAGAGUUACAAUAAAGUUUACAAGCGAGAACCCGA